AUGGUCACUUCAUUUAUUCAUAUUACCUAUAAAUUCACACAUCCAAACAUCUUUUAUUCAUACUCACAUCCUUCAAACAAUCCGCAUCUAAAAUACGUCAUAUAUCAUCGCAUUAUCCCCUCAUCUCAUCAAAAUACAAACUCUAAUCAUUCCCCAUAUACCCAUAAUCAUAUUAUUUAUUCAUCUUAUCUACAAAUAUACUUACUUACAAUCUAUAUAUUCAUAUACAUAUUUAUCCUCAUAUCAUUUUAUAUACAAUCAUUCUUACAAUCACGUUAUCCACAUUAUACACACACUCAUAAUAAUGUUAUCCACAUUCAAAACUUUAAAACUAUCUAUAUACACUAUCUACCUGCUACACAUCAUCAUAUAUCAAUGCAUACAUACACACAUUUCUAUACCUAUUCGCACCAAUCAUCGUUCAUUCAUACUAUCCAUAUCUACACAAACAUAUAA